ACUUCCCCGUCGACCACUGAAUUUAAUCCUAACCAUGGCGGCGGCGGUUCCCUCCGGCGGCGUUCACCUGCUCCAUCCUCGACCGUGGCUUCGGCACCUCCGUCGAGCAGCUCGGCCGCUCUCGGGAAUCGCGGCAUCUUCACGAGUCGACCACGCUGAAGAACUCAAUUCCGCGGCCGAAACGCCUGAAACUCCAAUGAGAAGAAGCGCGGAGAAGGAUACGGCGGCGUAUUACCCGAAGCGAGGCCAGAUUCUGGAGCUCGUGUGUGAGAGCUUGGCUUACAAAGGCAAGGGGUUGUGCAAGGUCGCCGGAACCGGUUUCGUCGUCAUGUGCGACCGCGUGCUGCCUGGGGAGAAAUUCGUCGGACGCGUGACGCGGAAGAAGGACAAUUACGCGGAGGUGAAGAAAUUGGAGACAAUUAGUCCGCAUUGGGAUAUGGUAGAAGCGCCGUGUGAGUAUGCGUCGCAUUGUGGAGGUUGUAAAACACAGAAUUUGUUGUAUGAAGCUCAGGUUAGGGCGAAGGAGCAGCAGGUGAGGGAACUGGUUGUACAUGUUGGAAAGUUUUCGAAUAAAGACCUUGAAGUUGAUGGCGUCAUGAAGCCUAUUGUUCCUUGUGAUAUCCAGUUCCACUAUCGGAACAAGAUGGAAUUCUCCUUUGGGACCAAAAGGUGGGUGCCGGCAGAGAUGCUAUUACAAGAGGUUGAAGAACCGAACAAAUAUGCUUUGGGAUUGCACGCUCCUGGAUUUUUUGACAAGGUUCUUAAUGUCGAUAAAUGCUUGUUGCAAAGUGAUCCAGCAAACAAGGUCCUUGCAGCUAUUCAAGACAUUUGGAGAAACCCAGAAUUUGGUCUUUCUCCUUAUGAUGUGCACUCCCAUCGUGGAUUUCUGAAGCAUUUCAUGCUCAGAACUGGCAGGAAUGUCGAAACUGGCCAGCCUGAACUUAUGGUUAAUUUUGUGACUUCCUCUUACCAACCAGAACUGCUGAAGCCCCUUGUAGAUAAAAUUUCCCCCUUCCCUGAUGUGGUAAGCAUCAUGAAUAAUGUAAAUACUUCUGUGGGAAACACAUCCGUGGGAGAGCAGGAGUAUACACUCUUUGGCAAACCAACAAUUACGGAGAGCCUUAGAGGUUUAAACUUUCAAAUUUCUGCCAACUCUUUCUUCCAGACUAAUACACACCAGGCUGAGAUUCUGUAUAAAUUGAUAGAGGACUGCUCUUUUCUGAAAGGAGAUGGAUCAGAGAUCGUUUUAGAUCUCUUCUGUGGGACAGGAACCAUCGGUUUAACACUUGCCAAAAAGGCGAAACACGUUUAUGGGUUCGAGAUAGUUGACCAAGCCAUAAAAGAUGCAUGUCGUAAUGCUGAUCUUAAUGGAAUAAGUAAUGCCACAUUUGUUCAAGGGGAUCUUAACAAAAUUGGGGAGAAUUUCGGCGAAUAUUUUCCAAAGCCUGAUCUUGUCAUCACAGACCCUAACCGACCCGGCAUGCACAUGAAGCUAAUCAAGUUUUUGCUGAACCUAAAGGCAGACCGGAUUGUCUAUGUAUCGUGCAAUCCUGCCACAUGUGCUCGUGACCUUGAUUACCUCUGCCAUGGCGUGCCGGAGAAGAAUAUAGAAGGAUGCUAUAAACUGAAAAGCAUUCAACCGGUGGACAUGUUUCCACACACUCCUCACAUUGAAUGUGUUUGUCUAUUGGAGUUAAACUAAGUCUGAUUCUAAUACAUGUCUCAGAGAGCUCACUACAAUAGCGGCGUCUGAGAUUUUUGAUCUGGUAAGCCAUUAGAGAUGUGUUAUAGCCUUUUCAAUUGUGGAUAUUGUCUGAAUAUGACAGAAAAAUGCAUGUUUCUUAUUUA